AUGGGCACUCGGGCGGCAAAGGUGCCAGAGGGCUGGAAGCCCGCGGAUGAGGAGGAGGAGCCGCCGCCGAGGCUCUGUGUGGUGGACGAGGUGGGCAAGAUGGGCUUGCUCUCCGUCCAGUUCCCCAAGUCCCUGGCGCGGGUGUUAGAGCAGGACGUGGUGCUGGCCACGGGGGUGCAGACAGUCAAGGGUCAGCGAGACCCGGAAGCUGUUGAAGACAUCAAGAAGCGGCCUGGUGUCCGCGUGGUCAAGCUCACGCGGAACAAUCGGGAUGCAUUGGUGGACCAGACCUACGCUCAGCUCCGGGAGAGCCUGGGCCUUGGGCUUCCUGGGAAACCGAAGCCCAAGCGCGUGGACAAGCGCAAGAAGAAGGACGAGGAGCGGAAAGCCAAGCUUGCAGCGGAGCGCGAAGAGCAGGAGCGUGAGGAGAGGGAACGAGCCGAAGGGGCUGAGAAGGAAAAGAUCGCCAGGAGAGAAAGACAACUCGCCAAAGAGAAAGCUCGCGCCGAGCGCAUCGCCAAGGAGCGUGCAGAGCGAGAGGUCGAGGCUGCCAAGGCGCGGGCUGAGCGGAAGCGUCGCGCGGAGGCUAGGAAGAAGGCGAUGGAAGAUGCCAAGAACGGUGUGGUGCCCUGCGUUGAGCACGAGGAUGAAGAUGUGGAGGCAGUCGCACCUUCCCUGGACUUGCUUGACGAUGCCAUUGACGUGGUGGAGGAGAGGCGCCACGGAAGCGUGCACGGAAGGCGGGCUCCAUGGCUUCGUUGCCGUCCUUCCGGUCUGCCGCCUCCAUGA